AUGUCCGUAAUUGAGAGACAAGACGAGCUGGAAGCCUUCUUUCACGACGCCGGCAAGCCUCGUGAGCAGUGGCGCGUGGGCACGGAGUACGAGAAGGUGGGGAUCGAGCGCGACACCGCCAAGGCGCUGUCGUAUUCCGGGCCGCGCGGCGUCCGGGUCAUCCUCGAAGGUCUGGUGAGCGACUACGGUUGGGAGCCGCAAGAGGAAGGCGGUUUCGUCAUCGGCUUGAUGCGCGGCAACCACGCCAUCACCCUGGAACCGGGCGGCCAGAUCGAGCUGAGCGGCGAGCCGUGCGACGACAUUCACUGCAGCAACGCCGAGUUCUCACAGCACAUCCGCGAGUUGAUCGACGUGGCCGGCCGGUUCGAUGUGGUGUUCCUCGGCCUGGGAAUCCAGCCCUUCAGCCGCGUCGACGAGAUCGAGUGGCUGCCCAAGCGGCGCUACCGCAUCAUGGGGCCGUACAUGGCCAAGGUGGGAACCCUGGGCCAACGCAUGAUGAAGCAGACCGCCACCGUGCAGGCCAACAUCGACUUCGGUGACGAGGCGGACGCCAUGGCCAAGCUGCGAACCGCCAUGGGUCUGGCGCCGGUCAUCGGCGCGGCCUUCGCCAACUCGCCCAUUUCGGACGGAAAGCCCAACGGCUUCAAAAGCUACCGGGGCCACAUUUGGACCCACACGGAUCCGGACCGGUGCGGGCUGCUGGAAUUCUGUUUUUCCCCCGACGCCGGCUUCCACCACUACGUGGAGUACGCUCUCGACGUGCCGAUGUACCUCAUCGCCCGGGACGGGCACUACGUGGACAUGACCGGGAUUCCGUUCCGCCGGUUUCUGGAGCAGGGCCACCAGGGCCACUACGCGACCAUGGAGGACUGGCAGCUCCAUCUCACGACGCUGUUCCCCGAGGUGCGGCUCAAGCACUACAUGGAGUUUCGCUCCGCCGACAGCCAGGCGCCGGAGUUGAUGCCGGCCUUGCCCGCGCUCAUCAAGGGCAUCUUCUACGACGCCGACUGCCUCCAGGCCGCAUGGGACCUGGUCAAGGGAUGGUCUUUCGACGAGCGCAUGACCGCCUAUCACGGCUCUCACCGGGACGGCCUGGCCGCACGAUUUCGGCGCUAUUCCCUGGGUGAUUUGGCAAAGGAGAUGGUCGAUAUCGCCUGGGAAGGGCUGACGCGGCAACGAAGUUUGAACCGGCGCGGCGAGGACGAGACCAUUCACCUGAAGCCGCUGCGCGACCUGCUCCACCAAGGGCUGUGCCCCGCCGACGUCAUUCUCUCCAAGUGGCGCGGCGAGUUCCGCCAGGACCUCCGAGCGCUCAUCGAGGACAGCUCCUACAAGCUGCGGUGA